AUGAAAAAUUUAAUAAAAAACAUAGAUUUGAACCCCACAAUAGCAGAAAACCAUUUGAGAUUUAUAGAGUUGAGCAUUAAGAGUGAAACUGAUUCAAAAAAGGUGGAACAGUUAUAUGAAGGUGCCCUUUCUGUGUGUGGAUUGCAUCCUACCGAAGGUCCAAUAAUAUGGAGUGAAUACCGACGUUUUCUAAACCAACAAAAUGAAGAGAGCUUAUCUUUAAGAGUAAGUAAAGUUCGAGACUUAUUUUACAGACAAAUGUCCUUGCCUUUAAGUGGGCUGCCUGAUCUUCUGGAUGAGUACAGAAUUUGGGAGGAGGAACUUCCUGAAGAGAAUAGGGAGUCUUUUAAUAUAGCAAAGGAGCAUUACUCAAAAGGCCAACAGGAAUGGAGUUUAAAAAAACCAUUUGAAAUGAGAGUUCAAACUGAUAACGUAUCGAAUUUACAAGAAUUAUUCGAUGCUUGGAUGCUAUAUAUUAACUUUGAGAAGGAUAGGAUGCUCUCAAUUGAUUAUUCUAGUGAUGCUGAACCUCUUCGAGAAUCAAGUUCUGGUUGUGAUGGCUGCGAUUCUUCAAUUAAGUACAAAUUUGACACAAAAGAUUCGGUUAUCAUGGCUUAUAGAAGGGCUCUUGAUGAUUUGGGCUCAAUAAGAAUUGAUCUUUGGCUAGAGUUUGCAAACUUUAUUUCAACAACCACAAAUUGUCCUCAUUUGCUUUCUGCAGUAUAUGCAUCUUCUCUUCAACAUUUUUCUGGCAGCCCAAAGCUCUGGAUGUUUUACCUCUCAGCUACAGCGGAAGCUAUAAAAGAUAUGACAUCCCAUUUUUACCAAUUUAAUCACUUUUAUGGACCUGGAUGCAAAACCCGUUCUAGCGCUACUUGGUAUCCACAAAAUUGUCAAAUCCUCAAGAUCACUAGUCUGAAGGAAAUGCUUGAAACUCUGCUCGAAAAUUACAUUUCUGAGCUUUCUCAGUCCCAAGAAAUCUUUUCAAAAUCAAAACAAGAUGCUCUUGAGCUUUACUUUGUUGUUACCAACUCACUCAUUGACAUUAACAAAUCUCUUAAAUUUCACUCUACCGCCAAAAAAUGCAGUCAUUUAGAAACUGACGAUAAUAAUGCAUGCAGUGUUGUAUGUGAGCUCACGCGUGGGGGAGCGGAUAGUAUAUUGGAAUUGGAGAAGUUAGUAUUUGGAGAAUUGGAGAAGUUGUAUUUUAAAGGGGAAGAGUUAUUACUAGAGAAUAAUGUAAGAUUGGUAGACAAAGAUGUUGGUGGGAUGAAGGAGGAGUUUCAUGUGUUGGAAGAGUCAGCUGUGUUGUUCUAUUCAAGGUGGUUGGAUUUCGAAUUGUCGAGAUCAGCAAAUACAAUAGAGGUGGCUAUUUCUAUGCUUGAAAAGUUUUUGGAUAAAGAAACAAAAAAUGCUGAGAGUUUGUUGCCUUUGAUCAUUUCAGUCAUAAAAGGAAGACUUACAAUGCAAGAUCAAUUGGAGCUUAGGUCAAACUUGAUGGCUAAAUUCAGUAGAUAUUCUCAGAAAGUUCAAGAAAAAGUUUUGAGUGAGUGGGAAAAUGCUGAAAAUGAUCUUAGAUAUACAAACAGUAACAAAAGACAGCGUUUAGAUAUAACUGAGAGAGAUCCAAAUGUAUUGUACUCUCCAAAUAUCGGAAAGAUUCCGUUGGGAAUUUCUUCCUCAAGCUCAGAAGUGAUGCCGACACAAGAAGUUUCUCAAUGCAUCUUGCCUUCACCUAUCCUACAGCAAGGACCAAUAACUAAUACUAGCUUAAGAUCCUCUGGUCUGGGCUUUGCAACUAAGACUAAUGACAAUGAAGGCGACUUUGUUUGCUUAAGUGAGAUAAGACUAAGGAGAGAUAAAAGGAGGAGCCGGAGAAAUUUUACUGAAAGUGAUCACGAAACAUCCAGUGAAUGCUCUUCUGAAAGCAACAGUUUUUCGGCUCUACUUAGUGGUUCAGGAACAAACGGAGGCAGACAAUUUCUCAGAAACUUCACUCCUCCAGGAACUCCUAGCUAUGCAAUGCAGAGAAUAUCAGCUUCUAUAGCGCUUCAGAAUCAUAAUAUCAGAUCUCCCUCUUCUCCUACAGUUACAAUUGGUGUUCAACAAACAGCUUCACAUUUAGAUCAACUUAACUCAAGCUCGUUUACGAUGAAAGGAAAUCAUCUAGUGAAGUCACCUGGGCUAGCCUAUCAAGAUCUGGAAGCAAGGACACAGUGCACUUGGGACGGAAGAGAAGCUAUUGAACCUUCGAUUGCCCCUCCGAUACCGCCGAUACCUCCAUUAUCGUCAAUUUCAUCGGUUUCGUCAACUUCAUCUCACUCUUCUUUAGGUACUAGGCAGUUUGAGAAAUCAGUUUCUCAGAUAGCUUCUGUUGGAGAGCAACAAGUAUUGAGUACCGAAAGGACGGUUGAAGGCCAAAAUAUGCCUCCACCUCCAUAUACUCCUAAAAAGAGUAAGUUGGAUCGUUCAAAUGGGAAAGAUGGAACACAGAAGGCCCCAUCAAUAGUAUCAGUAUCUAUGGUAGCAUCCGCCUCCGAGGACUCUGAUUUGAAUUCAAAUUCCAAUGAAGAUCUGAAUAUAGCUAAGGAUUUGCUUUCAAAUUCUCAGGAAGAAGGGACAUUGUUUAUAAGGUUCCCCCAAAACCAAGAGAUGGAUGAAGAGAAACUGAGAGGAGUUUUUUUGGAACAUUUACAUAUUCAAAUUAACCAGGUAAGGAUUGUUAGGGAUCCCAAAAAGAAUCCUAGAGGUUUUGCAUAUAUUGAUGUUGAUACAGAAAGGGUUUUCGAUAUUAUGAAUAGUUCAGAAGAGUUAAAGAAAUUAGAGGAGAUUGGAAUUCAGGUUUCAGUUUCCAAUCCACCAAAACCCAAAGCCUCGAAAAAGAAUUUCUCGUCUAGGGGACAUUCCAGGAACAAAAGACAUACUAAAAAAAAACAAAUACAAAAUCAGCAGGAUUCGAGCAACACUAUUUUGAUUAAGAAUAUUGAUAAGAGUUUGGAUGAAAAGCAGAUUAUUUCUCAUUUCCAAGAUGGUCUUGGGCUCAAGGUAAAAAAUAUCAGCAUUUCUAGAGACCAAAAUGGAGCAUCUAGGGGAUUUGCUUUCAUGGAGUUUUUCGAUUCUGGGGACGCUCUUGCUGCUCAUAUGCUUAACGAAUCAAGGCUGGGCUCAAAUAACAUUACAGUCAGUUCUUCUACUCGUCCUUUAACAUUUCCAAGAUCUGCAAAUUCGGAAGCCAGCUCACCUGAUUUCUUAAAUGCCAGAUUUGCUCCUAGAGUAAAAAGUAAGCAGAAGCUUCCUCCUGGGUGUAUAGGCAUACGAGAUCAAGGAGUUCAAGAAGAUGCCAAUUCUUCUUCAAUUAAGGAAGAUUUGGAAUUGGGAAAUAUACGGGAAACAACAUGCAAAAGCUCUUCCUUGACAAAUGAUGACUUUAGGAAAUUAUUUCUAUAG